GGCAGAGUUGUGUGUUGAAAGUAAACGUACAUUGCGAGGCAUGUAAGAUGAAGGUGGUCGAGGUGCUGAGUUCCAUCAUCGGUGUGUAUACGGUGGAAGUUGAUGCACGAGAAGGGCUAGCAAAAGUGUACGGCGAGGUGGAUCCAAACAUACUUCUAAUGGCAUUAUCAAGAAGUGGGAAGCAUGCGGAGGUAGCAUGGGUUAGGCUGAAGCAUCCUGCGCUCAGCAAUGACUGCCAUAAUUCCGGCUGCCAUGGCAGGUACACGGGAAGGGGCCCGUCAUGGUAUGAUCAGAAUGGUUACUGCCAUCUAGGCCAACAACCCUUCUGCCCAAGGAGGAGGGCAAUGGCAGAUCAUCAGGAUCCUUACCAGCGCCACCAUGGAUGUGGUGGUUAUGGUUAUGGACCGUACGCUUAUCCGCCGGGCGCUGAUGAUACCGCCCCUUACUGCAGCGUCAUGUGA